CGGAGGGAGGGGGGAGCUGCUGCUGUACGUGUUUAAUUACAGAGAAGAAGCAGCAGGACGGACCGGGACAGGGCGGGACAGUGGGACGACGCCUCCACACAAACAGCUCGACGGCUGGUACUUUUUGCGCACCGGAGGAGGAGUGGUGGCGGGUCUGGGGGACUGUGCGGACUCCCAGCAUCUUGGUGGAUGUCGGGGUUGUAGUUCUGUCCGGAUCGGACCUUUUCAGCUCGGUUUCGGUUUGGUUGACCCUAGAAGAUUCUUCCGAAGCGUAAAUCAGCGUUGGGACGUUCGGCGACUUCGGCCCGUGUCUUGGCAUGUUCCGUGUCGCUCUCAGUGAGUAAUGAUUGAUUGGGAAAUGUCAGGUCCACGCUCUCCAUCACCACAGUAGGUCUGUAGAAAAAAACCACCUGUUGUGAAAGUUUUCCGGAGCUUUUCACGGAUAAACCCGAGCUGCUGACACCAGGAGGCGGACGGAGCCGAGCGGACGGAAUGCGGCUUUUACGCACGGAGCGGCUCCAAAGAAGCGGCUCCUGCGCAACGAGCGGUCCGGUCCGCAGUGCUGUACAUCUUCAGUGAACAUGUUGCCAUGGUGUCCUGGGCUCGGAUGAGCUGCUGGGUGGAGGUUCGGUCGGGAUGGCUCGUGAGGAUGCAGUGAGGUGUCUGCGCUGCCUGCUGUACGCGCUCAACCUGCUGUUCUGGCUUAUGUCAGCGUGUGUGCUGGGGGUGGCUGCGUGGAUCAGAGACCCUCUGAACACUGUCCUGACCCUGACGGCCCGCACCAGGCUGGAGGAAGCAGCUGUCCUCACGUAUUCUCCGGUGGUCCAUCCCGUCAUCAUCACUGUGUGCUGUUUCCUCAUCAUCGUUGCCAUUGUGGGGUACUGCGGCACACUCAGAUGUAACCUCCUGCUGCUGUCUUGGUACUUCGGGAGUCUGCUGGUGAUAUUCUGUGUGGAGUUGGCGUGUGCUGUGUGGACUUACGAUGAGCCCUUAGUGCAGCGGUCCGACAUGAUCAGUCUAAAGUCUCGGAUGCCGAACUACGGCCUGCAGCGUUACCAGUGGCUCACGCAUACCUGGAACAGCUUCCAGACGGAGUUUAAAUGCUGUGGGGUGAUUUACUUCACUGACUGGCUGGAGAUGACGGAGAUGGAGUGGCCACCUGACUCCUGCUGCACCAAUCAGUAUCCGGGCUGUGCUCGCCAUGCCCACUACCAUGACCUCAGCGACCUCCACCAAGAGGGCUGCGGUCCAAAGAUCUACAGCUUCAUCCGUGGGACGAAGCAGCUGCAGGUUCUGAGGUUCCUUGGCGUGUCCAUCGGAGUGGCUCAGAUCCUGGCCAUGGCUCUCACCCUCACGCUGCUCUGGGCUCUUAAUUAUGGGCGAAAGUCUCUGGAGUCAGACUCUCAGACUGCCCCGGCAUCCUCGGACAACUCCAUGCCCAUUACGAUGAGCAGUGGAGCUUCUGCUGAUGCUGUGAAGUCAGGUUGCAGCUGCAUAAGUGAAGCUCGUACCAACCUGGCUGCCAGCGAGCUGAAACAAUUUGAGAUGGAGUGGCUUCAUGCUGCCGCCUGAAAACCAGCAUUACUCUGGGAGUCAUGGCACAUUUUAAUCUGAACCAGUUCCACAGGUUGGAAACCAACAAUUAACGUUCCUGUAGAAACAGAAUCUACAGAACCUGAACAGUCUCAAAAAGACUUCUGUUCUCUGACUGGCCAGCUGCCAAAUCAGAGGAGGCACCACCCACCAAACCGUGGCCUUUCAUUUGAUACAACAAUAUAAUCUGCUUCCCAAGUUAAGGAUGAGUCACAAGGAGGGUUUUUCAUUUUCUGGAAAAAAUCUAAAAACGGCUGAAAAGGUCACAAUUCAAUAAAAAUUACAUCAGUUCAGUGUUUUUUUUUUAAAAAGUAAAGUUAGAAAUAAUUAACAACAUUUGUUGUUGAUUGAAUUAAAAGAUCAAGCCAUUUUAAGUGAAAUAUUAUAAUGAUCUAUUAAAUGAUUUCACGGUUCUGCAGAGCAUAAUUAAUAAUUAAAAAAAUCAUUUGAUCGGCCUUACUGUCCAAGCUAGUAGGCGGAGCUAACGCCAUCCAGCCUGGUGGGCAGAGCUAAAAUUAUCCAACCUGGUAGGUGGUGCUAUAGUUGGAGGAGCUUCAUUGGCUCUCUUGACAGCUAUUUUAGACUUAGCAGAAAAAUACUGAAAGACCACCUGCUCACCCUUCUGUGUGACAGGUAAAGUGAGGAAGAUGCAGAGAUUUCUGAGGACCAUCUGGAGACUGAAAACGAUACCCAAUAAAAUAUUUACUACUAAACAAUUACAUUAAUAACUUAGAAAUAUAUCAAUGAAGUAUAAUCCAUUUGACUUAAAUGUAAAACUGACAUCUAUUGUAUUCAAGUAUUUUACUGGCUCUUCAGUGAUUAUCUGAGAUCAAUUGUUGAAAAGUAAUCAAUCAGACGUCUCAAUUAAUGAUGAAUUGCAGCUUGAAAAAAAUUAUUCUUUAGUAAAAUAAUUCUACAUGUUUUACAUCAAAUAAUUUUACAAACACUUUUAGAUAUAACUUUAUUUUUUUUAUCUAUUCAGAUUAAAAUAUUUUUCAGUUUUCAUUAGUUAAUUAAAAAAAAUAAAAUUUUUAAUGUUGUAUUUAUUUAUUGAAUUGUGGCACUUUUCUUCAUCCAUACAGAAACAGGUGACAUCCAGUAAAAGUUCAGUUGAAGUUUCCUUCAGUCUCACCUUAGAUCAUAACCCAACUUCCAGAUGUUUUACACGCUUCCAGACAUUUUCUGGAGGUCAUUAAACUUUACAGAUUAAAAGUCACCUGAUUACACAGAUUUAAUAAUAUAGACAUUAAAAACAUAAACUCA